AUGGAAUCCAGUGAGCAGAGAAUUGCUUCCUUACAACCACACAUAAAUGGAUUGUCAACUACAGCACAGCUUAACAAUCCGAGUUUCCAGAUUGCUUACGUACUAAUAAUUGCUGUGGCGUUGUAUCUUAUUGUUGGAGCGGCAGCUCAGCUAGUAUGCAAUCUCAUCGGAUUUGCUUAUCCUGCUUAUGCAAGUGUUAAGGCGGUACGAACUAAAGACACAAAAGACGAUACGCAGUGGCUGAUCUAUUGGUGCGUUUUUGCGGUCUUCUGUCUAACUGACUACUUCGCAGCCUCGAUCAUGCAAUAUUUCCCAUUUUACUGGUUGCUGAAGGCAGCGUUCCUCGUAUACUUGUAUCUGCCCCAGACGAUGGGCGCUGAAUUUCUAUUCCAUAAAUAUGUCAGUCCAAUGGUAACUGCAAUCGACAAAUACGUGGACGAAAGAGUGUAUUAG